AUGACGACAAAAAUGAAAGCUGGGAAGCGUGGUAGUGACAAAGCAGCCAGGCAAUUGAAAAAGAUCUGUUACAUACCAGGUAUUUCCGGUAGUUUUGGAGGUGUAAAUACCUUAAAGAGGGUGGUCGGUAGUAAGAUAUCGACCUCUGACAUCAAGAAAUGGUUAAGAAGUCAAGCCACAUACACGCUCCACAUGCCGAUCCGUCGCCAUUUCAAACGAAGGCGUAUUGUUGUCGCCGACAUCGCCGAACAGUGGGAAGCGGAUCUCGUUGAUUUGUGUAGAAUAGUCAAAUAUAAUAAACCUCAUAAAUAUUUGCUCACAGUGAUCGAUACUCUAAACAUCUUAGGCACUUUCUACGAAAAAGAGCUGCAGAAAGUAGAUGUGUCGCCAGAAAAGACCUAUAAAUUCGAGAGAAUACUUGCAGAACGCGGCAGGGGUAGAACAAAAGAAUAUUUAGUUAAAUGGGAUGGCUAUCCAGCAAAGUUCAACAGUUGGGUGCGCAAGGCAGACGUUCAACAUCUAUGA